AUGAGCCUUCCACCCCCUUUCUCCCCUCGGACCGCCCUGCCCAUUACCCACCGCCUCCUUGGCGCCGAAAACUAUGACGACUGGUUCCUCGAACUCACAUCGAUCAUUUUGCUCCGUGAAGGGUGGGAUUCGAUGGCAACGCAGUGCACCGAGGUCGAGGCCGUCGACGUCAGCCGCAUCCGCCAUCAUCUCGAUGCAGCGGCCAACGUCCAACCUGGCACGACACUCCUCCACCUCCUCUUACUUUGCACUCCCACAAGGUCGUGGGGACCGCGUAUAACGGAGUGGCUGAACAUCAACCGCUCCACGAACGCGGUGUUCGCGAAUGCGAUCAGAGCGGACAUCGAGUCCAAGCUUAAGGCCGAAAGUGCAGCUGUCAGCCGCGCGUGCACACUCGUGCAAUUAUCCCUCUCGGACACGAUAUGGCGCGAUAUCGCCGCCUCUAACCUCGAAAAAUGUGCAUAUUGCAUCAUCACAAAGCUCCGCGGCAAGUACUGCAGCGAGGAUCAGAAGCACGCCACAGCGAUCUCCGUGUAUCAACGCCUCCACGCGUUCAAGUUCCGCCCCCAAGCGUCCCUGGAUGCGAAUGUCCAAGCAUUCGACAAGCUGCGUACAGCGGUGGAAAAGCUGGAAGGGUAUCCCCUCAGCGACAGCCAUCUACCGAGGUCAACUGCAGGCUCGUGA